CCCGUCUUCCCCUGGGCUCCAUAUUGAUACUGAAGGAGGCAAGUCUGGUCACAAAAUGGAGGUUUCCUAGGUCUAAAAGACAGCCCGAGUUAGAGUACCCUUCCAAAAUGGCUGCUCUUAAGGAAGAGAGAGACGUGGAGGACUACAAGAGGAAAGGAAGACGAUCCUCACAGGGCCAUGAGCCAAAGGAGCCGGAGCAGUUGAGAAAGCUGUUCAUUGGAGGCCUGAGCUUUGAAACAACAGAUGACAGCUUGAGAGAGCACUUCGAAAAAUGGGGCACGCUCACGGACUGUGUGGUGAUGAGAGACCCACAAACAAAACGUUCCAGAGGCUUCGGCUUUGUCACUUACUCUUGUGUGGAGGAGGUGGAUGCUGCCAUGAGUGCUCGACCACAUAAGGUCGAUGGACGGGUGGUUGAACCAAAGAGAGCAGUUUCGAGGGAGGAUUCUGUAAAGCCUGGAGCACAUCUCACAGUAAAGAAAAUAUUUGUUGGUGGAAUUAAAGAAGACACAGAGGAAUAUAAUUUAAGGGAGUACUUUGAAAAAUAUGGCAAGAUUGAAACCAUAGAAGUCAUGGAAGACAGGCAAAGCGGAAAGAAAAGAGGCUUCGCUUUUGUAACUUUCGAUGAUCACGAUACAGUUGAUAAAAUUGUUGUUCAGAAAUACCAUACUAUAAAUGGACAUAACUGUGAAGUGAAAAAAGCACUCUCAAAACAAGAGAUGCAGACUGCCAGCUCUCAGAGAGCAAAAUAUUUUGUAGGCCGUGGGGGUGGCUCAGGCAACUUCAUGGGUCGUGGAAACUUCGGAGGCGGUGGAGGGAAUUUUGGCAGAGGAGGAAACUUUGGUGGAAGAGGAGGCUAUGGGGGUGGUGGUGGCGGUGGUGGGAGCAGAGGAAGCUUUGGGGGUGGUGACGGAUACAAUGGAUUUGGUGAUGGUGGCAACUAUGGAGGUGGUCCUGGGUAUGGCAGCAGAGGAGGUUAUGGUGGUGGUGGAGGACCAGGAUAUGGAAACCCAGGUGGUGGAUAUGGAGGUGGAGGAGGAGGAUAUGAUGGCUACAACGAAGGAGGAAAUUUCGGUGGUGGUAAUUAUGGUGGCAGUGGAAACUACAAUGAUUUUGGCAAUUACAGUGGACAACAGCAAUCCAACUAUGGUCCCAUGAAAGGUGGUGGCAGCUUUGGUGGCAGAAGUUCAGGCAGUCCCUAUGGUGGUGGUUAUGGAUCUGGAAGUGGAAGUGGGGGCUAUGGUGGUAGAAGAUUCUAAAAAUGCUACCAGAAAAAGGGUUGAAUGAGAAGCUGCUGCUUGACAAAAUGGGGAAUGUCUUGCACAUCCUCUUCAAUUGAAGGUUUCUGACUGGGUAAGAUCUGUAGUGUUUAGUAAAACACUUGUUUAACCCUUAUUUCCUUUUAGGCUUUCCUUUGCCAGCCUUUUAGUGUGGAGGGGAAAGCCUUAAGCCUAAGGAGCGAGUCUGGCAGCGGGGGCCGUCCAGCCCUCCCUGCGCUGGCUGGGGGCUGCUGCUGGCGCGGUCGCUACCCCGCAGUCUUCUGUUCCUGCCAGGUACAAAGUGGCUGUGUGUCUGAGAUCGACAAGACAGAAAUGAUACAUGUUUUGAAAUGCCCGCCCCCCGUUGCCACUGGGGGGGUUGGAGAGAAAUUGUUGGUUACCUUUGUCGUACAAAGAGAAGCCCUGCAGAAACCCAGCGCUGAAGACACUGAAGAGGUUCCUCACGGUUCUCGGCAGCGUGUGACACGCUGCUGCUGCUGCAGAAAGUCUGUAAAGGCACUUUGCGUUGGUUAGAGCAGGGGCUUCCCUCCCGAUAAAUGAGCCUUGGCUUACCAGGUGGGUUUGGAUUUAUCUCUACAAAUCUCCAACAGUUGAUUUUCAGACGUUCCGGUGUUUGGUGCUUUCAGGCAGGGUGGGCUCGUGGAGGCUGGUCCUGUCACGUGGCACCCAGCUGAAAGCACAGCUGCAUUUAUACUGACAAAUGGCCAGAAAAGAACUUUUCAUGGAAUCUGCUUUUCCACAUGUUGGUUCUUAACUCUUGGAACAUGUAUUUCCUCUUCUUCGUCUUUGGUUGUUCCAGGUCUGGGGUAUCUUAAACUCCUUUUGUAUGGUAGUAGUCCGGUGCCUGCCUGAACUUGCUGAUACGUUUUUGAGUCUGUGCGUUAUUUUUGUGAAGUCAAUUUCUAUUUUGGUGUUGCUUUUGCUUCGGUUACUCAGAAAACAAAGUCAAAUGGAACGUGUGCAUUUCAGCUUUGGGAUGUUCACAGGUGGGUUGGAGUGUUUACACUUGUCACCUGCUGUCUGUAAACAUCCAAAAAGCAAACUCUUUUGAUGUUGUGACACACAACUAAAAGUUAAUUUGGAAGCAAUUUGCAAUGGAAAUGUUGAGAUUUUCAUAAAAUCAGGAGUUACUUCAUGGGAAUCUCAUAGUGGCCACAGGGAUUUUUAAAAAAAGUUGACAAAUGUUUUUGGUUAGCCGAGGUUGAGCCCAGGUGUCAGGGUGCUGCAGUGAGGUCACAGUCACCCCGCAGGGCCCUGUGCUCACAGCUUGGCGCCCAGGUGACAAGGAGCAGUGGAGACCUCUGCUUCUCCCCAGCUCCCUGGGGCACCCCCUGUAGCAGCAGGGAAUGGGGAGGAGCAUUGGUGUGUCCUGGGCCUUCUCCCUUCAGGGCAAACGCUUUUGUACUUGACGGGAGGGGGAACGUUACACUUUUUUUAAUAGCAAAAUCUUGACAAUGUUUUAAUGAAAGUAAGUUUUAACAAAAACCUUUCCAGUUUGCAGCUGCUGCUAGGCCUGUGUAGAGCUUUGCUCUGUCUUACCAGGAGAGGAUUGUGCGUUGCUGCAGAUGGGUUCUGUGCUCUGGAGGGGGCUUUUCGCAGCACGGUCAGAUCUAGAUACUCACUGUUAGAAUUAUUUUCACGUUUGGAUUUAUAACACUCUCGUUAGACUAAUUUGCUUUAUUUCAAUUAUUCAUACCCCAAUUGAUUCAGGAAUUAACCUUGUCAAAGCUAAACACAUCCUUAAGGAGUGCUUGGUCGAGUGUAUCUUUGUCCAAGAGGCAGUUCCAAGAGUUAAGAACGCUGUUUCACGGCUACCUCUCUCUGUAGCGGCUGCGGUUGGAACAGCAGCUCUAAAUGUAGAUGGAGAUGUGAAGAUGUAAAGUUAACGAGGCGCUGGGCCCUAAGCUGCAGUUGUGUGGAAGUUGGUUUGAUACGUAAACCGGUGUCUUAAUCGAAAAGUAAAUGGUACGUCCAGGUAGUAAAAAAUGUAUUUCUCCAAAAGGGGCCCAGGUUGGUGCAGAUGUGAGAAGUAUUUUGUUUCUGUAACACUGAAAUGAAACACGGCGUCUUAACUUUGAUGUCCUUCAAAUGUGCAAGGUGGGAAGGGGAAUGAAUGCUCCUGGUCGUUCAAGCAUUGAUGGUGUGAUGUACUGACGUGCUGUCUGUGGUUCCCGUGUUUAAGACAUGACCGUGUUUUCAUACACUGUCUACGCUGCCAUGGAAUAUUCCCUACGUACCAGUCUGUGGUCUCUGACAAGUGUCUGUAUCUUAAGUUUCAUGGAGCAUGAAAGAUCUUGAGUGUCACCAAAAUUCAGAUAUCUGAUGGAUGAUUCUUUUUCUGCUGUGGGUGCUACAGGUUGACAUCUCUCUCUAAGAUUAGCUUUUUCCUGAACUAAAGUAUUCCAAGUAUCUACGUAGAAGAAAAAUGGCCUUCAUGUAGAAGAUAAUAUCGCAAGAUUGGAAACAGAAUAAUAUGUUAAAAUAACUGGCAAAGACUUGAAGAGCAAUGGUGCUAGUGUGCACUGCAAUCUUAAAACUUGUGGUUAAACAAGUUUAAAAAUAGCAUGGAAAUUAAAAAUGUCAGUAUAGUCCAUAAUGGAUGGAAAUUUGUUAAAAUAUUUCAAUUUUGUAUCAGAAUAAAGUGUAUGUUGUCAAAUGACUUACAAUCUCAAA